AUGAACAUAGAAUUUGGAAAACGAAUCGGCGAAAUGGUGGUUUCAGAAACAUCGUCAUCUUCAUCGUCAGCACAUGCAGUACAUGCAUCAACAGCCAUCCCGGUUGAGGAGAUUUUCUGUGAUGCAAAAAUGCAACACGUGGAACGCGCAACAGAGGGAAGAGAAAACAUUCAAAAAAUGUUAUUGUCGUCAGCGUUGUCAAAACUCCAACAGAUGUCCUCGUUUACCGCAACAAUAUCUAAUCUCUUGACAGAAUAUAGAUACGACAUGUAUAAAUCCGCUAGGGAAAGAAUGGAUACGAUGCAACACAUCUGGUGGUUAUCCUUUCAAGAUAAAAGCGAUUGUGAGGAAGUUAAUAUACUGACUACCACGUUGAUACAAGGCAUGGUAGGGGCAUAUUCUUUAACAGAAAAGUACAGGAAUGAAAUUGCAAAACUUCGGCUGAAAUUAGAAUGCAAAGAAGAGGCAUUACACGACUUGGAACAAGACCUAGCCGGAAAAAAUACCAGAAAGCAUUUGCCAGAGAUCGCAAUUAAACUCGCCGCAGUAAUUGAAAAUCAGGGUGAGAAGAGUAGCACAUUACUAUCCAUUUUUUCUGACCUACUUACAAACCACAUAAAAGAUACUAAACGAUGGAGCGAUGACACAAAGUCGUUGUUUGCAGUUGUUCUGGAUUAUGGUGGGCCGGCAUUAUUAAGAAUAAUUCGACAAAAAAUUGGCGGGCCAAGCCUUCAGUCCGCCUACGUAACAGCGAGAAGCAAAUUCCAUACUCCAACCAAAUUAGAAGAAAGUACUUUUGUCAAAGCAGCUUCCUUCUAUGAUCGAAUUGGAUAUAACGGGCCCUUUAUUAUCGCUAUUGAUGCGACAGCCAUAUUACCUUGUAUCAGGGUGAAAGGGAACAAACUGAUAGGCAUAGCCACUGAAGAGGACAUUGUUGUGAAAACAGCUCAAGACAUCAUUGACAUUACAGGCAAUGAAAGCAUGGAGAAAGCGCGAUUAGCCAAUGCGUUUGUCCUGACCCCCUUGAAGGAGCAUUUUCCUAGCUUUGUGCUUGCUGUUUCUCCUGCUGUUAAGGGCCAGAACUUUGAAACAUUUGUUAACUGGUUCAACAGUGCGAUAAAAUGGGGGGCACAGCAAAAUUUGAAAAUGUUAGGCAUAGGUGCUGAUGGAGAUUCGAAGUUUAGAAAAUAUUACUUCGAACGGUUCUUAAAAAGGCGUGAACCAUUGCCCAACGUGAUUUCGAUUCCCCACAAAGGUUUCAAUUUUGUCAGUGUUGUCGAGGAUAUCCACGGAUUAAAAGUUCCAACUCUUAUGUUUCCUGACUGGAAGCACUUGAUUAAGAAAUGGAGAAAUCAAAUUUUGAACGUUCGACGGGUCCUUGUGCUCGGAAACGGAUUCCUAAUGAUAGAGGACCUAAUGAGACUGUAUGAAGGAAGAAAAUUGGCCAGUUGUUUAUGGAAGAGUGAUGUUUUUGUAAGGGAUAGGCAGAACGUGGAUGCAGCAAUCCGGAUUUUACAGCCACAGGUAAGAAAGUGCUUACAAGAAUGGAAUGAUCAACGCACGGAAGCAAUUCGUAUUUAUCUCAAAAUUGGAUACAACAUG